AUGGAAACAUUAGAAGAAACGAAACAUGCUGUUACGAAAUGCAGUACAUUUACUGGUGGAUUACAUUUGAAAUUUACAAAUCUUCAAAAGAAGUCAGGGAAAAAAGCGAAACUCUUAUUUGACCUGUCUUUAACAUUUAAUAUACAUCUACAUUAUGAUUCCGCGCUAAAAGAUUGUAUUGCGCUGAUGAUGCCGGAUGAAACAUUUUUGAUGCGAUUUGAAAUGGGAUCCGAUAUCUGGUUUGAGAUGUUGAUUGACAGAGUUUGUAGCAUGGGAUGUGAAACCGAUAAGAUAAGAAAGCCGAAAUUAAGUAAGAAAAUUAAAGAUGAGGAACUAGUGGAAGAUUUGGUUGUAAAAAAUGAAAAUUUUUUCUUAGGAAAGAAGAGGUUAUGCAUGUAUCAUCAUACUUUGUAUAUUGUACGAAAAGGAGUCGUAGCAAGCAAAGAUACAAGUCCACCGUUUUGUAGCGAUGACUAUAUUGCAUUCCCAGUUACUGCUAUAUCAAUUUAUGGACAUCGCAACAAAUAUUUCUUUUUUCGUGCGGAUCGUUGUGCACCAACGGGCGCGGGAGAAUUAUGGUUUUGCACUGAUAACGGUAAAACAGCUUCAUCAAUCAAUGACAAAAUUAUCAGGAUAUGUGAUCGAGAAAGCGAAAAAAAGAAGGUACAAGGUCGAAUGUGCUUUUCGAGAUCUAAUGUUCCUACACGAUCUUCCAGAAGUCAGACACAUCGCGAAAGAUCUCAUACGCAACGCUUAUCUGCUGAUGUUGCAGGCAUCAAAUCUUUUGGGCACAAGCUAUCCGCACCUGAUCCUGGAUUUUUGAGCUCAUAUUUCUCUCAACAGUCAUUGGCUAUUGGAAAGGAGUUGGAGCAAGUUGAUAAGAAAUUUUUGCAUUCUCAGUCUACUGUAAAUAAUGGAGAAAAGGAACGACAGCGGCUUGCUGAUGGUUACAACUCAUUUUCAGAGGAUAGGCACGAGCACGUUGAUUCAAAAACUUCGCAAAGUCCAUCGGAUCCGUUGGAUAGUUAUACUCCAAUGGGUUGGCCUGAGGAUUGUAAUUGUCAGUCCACUUCUACUUGCAAGAGAAUAAGAUCCUUUUCAAGUCAGAGAGCAAGUUCAUCACUUCAAAGAAAUCAGCAAGCUGAUAUCUUACGGAAUGGGAUUUUGAUGGUGAUAGGACGGAGUGGAAGUAAUUCAACAAUAUCAAUAGAGUGUUCAAGUUAUUCACAUACAAGUUCUUUAGAUAUUGGUAAUUCGAUGGUGUUAUAUUCUGCUACUAAAGGUGUUCGAAAAGUUAGAAAUUAUUUCGAAAAUCCGUGUAAAAAAGUACAGUCGGCAGCUGAUUUUGAAUUUCCUGUACCACCUAAAGAAAAAAGUUCGAGUGAAAAUAAUGAAGCCAGUAUUAGUUCAUUAUCUUUAAAAACUACUACAAAGCGUUCUUCUACAUUUAAGAUAGCGGCAGAAGUUUCAUACGAGUAUGAACGUUUCGAUUCAGAUGGUACUUUUGUAAAAGAUGAACAAAUGAACCUAGAAUAUGCAACUCUACAUUGCCAUUAA